AGUAUUAUCUGGGAGGCGGCACAUCGCGGCCUUUCGCUCCCUGCCGGUUGAAGUGUGUUCACAUGUACAAAUAAGAUGGCUGAUGUCGCCCCUGCUGUUACCGAAACCCCCGAGAUCAAGCUCUUUGGCAAGUGGAGCACUGAUGAUGUCCAGAUCAAUGACAUCUCUUUACAGGACUACAUUGCAGUGAAAGAGAAGUAUGCUAAGUACCUCCCACACUCUGGAGGGCGCUAUGCUGCUAAGCGGUUCCGCAAGGCACAGUGCCCAAUUGUGGAGCGCCUCACCAAUUCCAUGAUGAUGCAUGGUCGCAACAGUGGCAAGAAACUGAUGACCGUGCGGAUUGUCAGGCAUGCCUUUGAAAUCAUCCACUUGCUCACUGGAGAGAACCCACUUCAGGUUCUGGUCAAUGCCAUCAUCAACAGUGGACCUCGUGAGGACUCCACCCGUAUUGGCCGUGCUGGUACAGUGAGAAGGCAGGCUGUAGAUGUCUCCCCUCUCCGAAGGGUCAACCAGGCCAUUUGGCUGCUGUGCACGGGUGCCAGAGAAGCGGCUUUCAGAAAUAUUAAGACAAUUGCAGAGUGUCUUGCUGAUGAGCUCAUUAAUGCUGCCAAGGGUUCAUCAAACUCGUAUGCCAUCAAGAAGAAAGACGAGUUGGAGAGAGUUGCUAAAUCCAACCGUUAAAUAUACUAAGUUACACAUUUGCAGAAAAUAAAAGUGGCAAAACCAGC